AUGGCUGAACUCGUCCCUGUCCCGCAGCCUCGGGGGCUUCCCCUCAUUGGCAAUCUUGGCGAGUUCACCACCAGCCCCAUGGCCGACUUGAACCGGCUUGCCGACAUCUAUGGUCCCAUCUACCGAGUGCAAUUGGGCUCCAACUCCCCAAUUUUCGUCUCAUCAAAUGCUCUCGUCAGUGAGAUCUGCGACGAGAAGCGCUUUCACAAGACUUUGAAGACAGUUCUCGGUGUUGUCAGAGAAGGUGUCCACGACGGUCUCUUCACGGCCUACGAUGAUGAACCCAACUGGGGCAAGGCUCAUCGCAUUCUCGUCCCUGCCUUUGGCCCUCUCUCCAUCCGCGGCAUGUUUGGGGAUAUGCACGACAUUGCCACCCAGAUGUGCAUGAAAUUCGCCCGCCAUGGCCCCAACACCCCUAUCCACGUUGCCGACGACUUCACUCGCCUUGCCCUCGACACUCUUGCGCUAUGUGCCAUGGACUUCCGUUUCAAUUCAUACUACCGCGAGGACAUGCACCCCUUCGUCGCAGCCAUGGGCGAUUUCCUCACAGAGUGUGGCAACAGACAAAGGCGCCCUGCCUUUGCUCCCAACUUCCUCUUCCGCACCGCCAACGACAAGUUCGACGCCGAUAUUGCAACCAUGAAGAAGACAGCCGAUGAGGUGGUUGAAUCCAGAAAGAAGAACCCAAGCGACAGGAAGGACCUGCUGGCAGCUAUGCUCAACGGUGUCGAUCCGCAGACUGGCGAGAAGCUUUCAGACGCGAACAUCACAAACCAGCUCAUCACCUUUUUGAUUGCGGGACACGAGACCACAUCGGGGAUGCUGUCGUUUACCUUCUACCUCUUGCUCAAGCACCCAUCAGAGUACCAGAAAGUCCAAGAAGAAGUAGAUCAAGUGUUGGGUCGAGAUGCCAUCACGAUUGAACAUAUUGGCAAGCUUUCAUACAUUGCUGCUGUUCUUCGCGAGGCUCUCCGGCUCCGCUCUACCAUUGGGGCAUUCAGCGUUGAGGCCAACGAGGAUACAGUCCUUGGCGGGAAAUAUUUCAUUCACAAGGGAGAGGUCGUCAGCGCCCUCAUCAGCAAGGCUCAUCUCGAUCCUGUCGUCUACGGCGAGGAUGCGAAUGAGUUCAAGCCCGAGCGCAUGAAUGAUGAAAACUUCGCCCGUCUCAACGAAGAGUUCCCCAACUGCUGGAAGCCAUUUGGCAAUGGAAAGAGAGGUUGUAUCGGUCGCCCAUUUGCCUGGCAAGAAGCUAUUCUCGCCAUGGCCAUGCUCUUCCAGAAUUUCAACUUCACCAUGGACGAUCCCAACUACCAGUUGCAGAUCAAAGAGACCCUGACACUCAAGCCCGACAACUUUUGCAUGCGGGCAACCCUUCGCCAUGACAUGACGGCCACCGAGUUGGAGCAAAGCCUCGCCGGCAAGGCUCCCACGCCCGGCCAAAAGUCCACCAAGAAGCCCACCGUCGAGGCUAAGACGCAGCCCACCACCGGGAAGCCUCUGGCUGUUUACUACGGUUCAAACAGCGGAACUUGCGAGGCACUGGCACAACGACUGGCAACAGAUGCACCCACGCACGGGUUCAGCGCCACUACUGUUAGGCCCCUUGACGAGGCGAAGCAAAACUUGCCGCGGGAUCACCCCGUAGUCAUUGUGACCGCCUCGUACGAGGGUCAGGCACCAUCCAACGCCGCUCACUUCGUCAACUGGAUGGAGAAUCUCAAGGGCAGCGAGAUGGACAACGUAUCCUACGCGGUCUUCGGGUGCGGACACCACGACUGGACCCAGACUUUCCACCGCAUCCCCAAGCUGGUGGACGCAACACUGGAGAAGCUAGGCGGCACUCGCAUUGUAGCCAUGGGCACCGCCGACGCAGCCAUCAGCGACAUGUUUAGCGACUUCGAAACCUGGGAGGACGAGACUUUGUGGCCUGCCUUGAAGGAGAAGUACGGCACGAGCGCGGCUGGCGAUAUGGCCGGUGUGCAGGCUCUCAGCGUCGAAGUGACGACCCCACGAAAAGCAACCCUCCGGCAAGACGUCGAGGAGGCUCUCGUCGUCUCGACCAAAACUCUUACUUCAUCUGGACCUCCGAAGAAGCACAUCGAGAUCCAGCUGCCCACAGGCAUGUCGUACAAGGCCGGUGACUACCUCGCAAUCCUACCCAUGAACCCCAAUGCCACCGUUGCCCGCGUCUUCCGGCGCUUCCAGCUGGCCUGGGAUGCUGCGUUCAAGAUUCACUCGGACCGACCUACGACUCUCCCGACUGACACCCCCGUCUCUGCGCGAGAUGUGCUGGGCGCAUACGUGGAGCUGUCGCAGCCGGCCACGAAACGUAACAUUUUGGCCGUGGCAGAGACAACGGAUAACAAGGCUAUUAUCCAGGAACUCGAGAAACUAGCUGGAGACGACUAUCAGGACAAGAUUGUCGCUAAGCGAGUCUCUGUCCUUGAGCUGCUUGAGGAGUAUCCCUCUGUCCCCUUCCCCAUCAGCUCGUAUCUGGCCAUGCUACCCCCUAUGAGGGUUCGACAAUAUUCCAUCUCCUCUUCCCCCCUGGCCGACCCUACGAAACUGACACUUACCUACUCCCUACUCGAUGCCCCGUCGCUGUCCGGUCAGGGCCGUCACGUUGGUGUUGCAACCAGCUUCCUCUCCGAGCUCUCGGCAGGCGAGAAACUCCACGUUUCCGUCCGCCCGUCCAGCGCGGCAUUCCACCUCCCCCGCGACGCCGAAAACACGCCCAUCAUUUGCAUCGCCGCCGGUAGUGGCCUCGCGCCUUUCCGAGGUUUCGUCCAGGAACGCGCCGCCAUGCUCGCUGCGGGCCGCGACCUAGCCCCCGCCUUGAUCUUCUUCGGGUGCCGCGACCCCGACGUUGACGACCUCUACGCCUUGGAGUUUGCCCGGUGGGAGAAGAUGGGUGCCGUGGAGGUGCGGCGGGCGUACUCCCGAGCGACUGACAAGUCGGAGGGAUGCAAGUACGUGCAGGACCGACUCUUCCAUGAUCGCAAGGACGUCUUUCCCCUCUGGGACCGCGGCGCCAAGGCAUAUAUCUGCGGAAGCCGCGAUGUCGGCAGGGCCAUCGAGGAUGUUUGCAUUCGUCUCGCCGUGGAGUGGAGCAAGGACAUGGGGAAGGAUACUACCGAAGACGAGGCGAGGGAAUGGUUUGAGAAGCACCGACAUGAACGGUUCGCGACGGAUGUGUUUGAUUAA